AUGCCGCUACCUGUCAUUUGCACUAAGGGGGCGGGCAGCCUGUGCCUGGCGCUCCUGCUCCCGGUGGUGGCCGGCUUGGACUUCAGCUAUCACCACAGCGAGCAGCUGGAGACCUUCCUGAAGGAGGUGCACUGGCAGCACCCCUCCAUCACCGCCCUGCGCAGCAUCGGGCGGUCCGUGGCAGGUAGAGACCUGUGGGUUCUUGUUCUGGGAAGGUUUCCAACCCAACAUACCAUUGGCAUACCAGAAUUCAAGUAUAUUGCUAAUAUGCAUGGGGAUGAGACAGUUGGCAGGGAGCUGCUGCUCCAUUUGAUAGACUUCCUGGUGACCAAUGAUAAGAGUGAUCCAGUUGUUACAAGGCUAAUCAAUAGCACACGGAUUCAUAUCAUGCCAUCAAUGAACCCGGAUGGAUUUGAAGCUACAACAACGCAUGAUUGUUAUUACUCAGAAGGAAGGUUCAAUAAGAAUGGGGAAGAUCUGAAUAGGAAUUUCCCUGAUGUUUUCAACAGUAACAAUGUCACAAUCCAGCCAGAGACUCAAGCAGUGAUAAAUUGGAUACAAAAUGAGACAUUUGUUCUUUCAGCUAACUUGCAUGGUGGAGCACUGGUUGCCAGUUAUACAUUUGAUAACGGUAACCCAGCUACUGGCUCUUUACAAGGCUAUAGCAGAUCACGAGAUGAUGAUGUUUUCAUACACCUUGCAAAAACCUACUCCUCCAACCAUGCCAGCAUGUACAAAGGGAAUGAAUGUGGGAAUAAACCAGUCUUUCCAUAUGGCAUUACUAAUGGGUAUGCCUGGUACCAACUGCAAGGUGGGAUGCAGGAUUACAACUACAUCUGGGGACAAUGUUUUGAAAUUACAUUGGAGUUGUCAUGCUGUAAAUAUCCACCAGCAAGUCAACUUCAGGACUUCUGGAAUGACAACAAAGCUGCUUUGAUUGAAUACAUUAAACAAGUUCAUCUCGGUGUCAAAGGUCAAGUUCUUGACAGGCAUGGACAGCCUAUACCAAAUGUAAUAGUUGAAGCCAAAGGAAGGGAACAUAUCUGUCCUUAUAGAACCAAUCAACAUGGAGAAUAUUAUCUUCUCCUCCUGCCUGGAAGCUAUGUGCUUAAUGCUACAGCACCUGGAUCUGGAUCAAUAUUAAAGACACUGCUAGUACCAAAUGGUCCUGAAAACUUCAGUGCUUUGAAAUAUGACUUUGUUUUCUCAGAGAUCUCCACCCUAGCAGGAGAUGCUUCAUGCCCUACCAAACCUCUUUAUCAGGAUUUUGAAAGCAUUUCAGCAGCAGUAAAACCUACUUUACAUUUCUUGGCUUUAAUGACUGUUUUGUAUACAGUUUUCAAAUAA